AAACCAUACCCUCUUUGAAACCUUCCAACAUUUUGGUUGGUUGGUUAGGUUAAGGAGGAGUUGGGAGAAUUUUGUUUUGUUUUGUUUGAGACAGAAAAGAUCAUAGCUAGAGUUGGGAGUAUGAACGGAAAUAUGAAUAACAGAACCGAGCAGCAUGUAGCGGUUGCAAUUGACAAGGAUAAAGGAAGCCAAUAUGGCCUCAAAUGGGCUAUCGAUCAUGUUCUUACCCGCGGCCAAACUAUUACACUCCUUCACGUCAAAAACCGUUCUUCCACAAUUACCCAAAGUGACAACCAACUAGCCAAGGAGCUCUUUUUGCCAUACCGAGCCUUUUGUACACGCAAGGAUAUCAAAUCAAAUGAGAUUAUAAUAGAAGAUAUAGACAUUGCAAAAGCUCUAUGUGAGUACGUGAAGCAAAACUUUAUUGGUAUGUUGGUUAUGGGCGCACCCUCCAAAAAUUCUUUUGUUAGUUGUCCGUUUGAUGACAGAUUCAAGAGUGAUAUUCCGACCGUGGUUUCGAAGACGGCGCCAGAGUUCUGCACGGUGUACAUCAUCUCGAAAGCAAAGGUCGCGUCCGUCCGAUCAGCUACUGUUCCUGUUCCCAAUCCUCCCCCUCGUCCUUCUUCGUCCAGUCAGAACAUCAUGGUUCCCACUACCUCAGAUGCACAACAAAACUUUUUAAGCAAAAGCGCACCGGAGAGAAAUCACUUUGCUCCAAGACAAUCCUUCGAAGAUGAGAUCAGAUCUCCGUUUGACAGAAACAGAAUGUCGACCCAAUCAUAUGACGACUUCCCUACGUCGGACAUAUCAUUUAUUGGUGGCAGGCCAAGCAUGGACCGUCUACCAGGAAUGUCCUUUGAGAGCCAAGAAUCAAUCAAUCUCCCUCGGCUUUCAUAUAGCUCAGACACAGACCAAAGAAACAGUUUUGGCUCGCCUCUUCCAUCAGGGUAUAAGUUAUCUGAUUUAGCUUCCAAUCAAGGCUUGUCAGACACUAGCAUGCCUUAUUCAGGCACACAGAACAUGGAAGAUGUUGAAGCUGAGAUGAGGCGUCUUAGGCAAGAGCUGAAACAGACUAUGGACAUGUACAGUACAGCCUGCAAAGAAGCACUCUCCGCAAAACAGAAGGCCAAGGAACUUCAUCGAUGGAAACUGGAAGAGGAACAAAGGCUAGAAGAGGCACGGUUAGCAGAGGAAGCUGCACUUGCACUUGCAGAGAAAGAGAGAGCAAAAACUAGAGCAGCCCUGGAAGCUGCAGAAGCAGCACAGAGGAUUGCUGAACUUGAAGCCCGGAAGAGAAUGGAAGCAGAAACAAAAGCCCUUAAAGAAUCAGAGGAAAAGAAGAAAGUGUUAGAUACAUUAGCCCAAAACGAUGUCAGGUACCGCAAAUACACAAUAGAGGAAAUUGAGGCUGCAACUGGUAAAUUCUCCGAUUCUCAGAAAGUAGGAGAAGGAGGUUAUGGACCCGUGUACAAGUGCUUCCUAGAUCAUACUCCUGUUGCUGUAAAAGUCCUUCGUCCUGAUGCAGCUCAAGGAAGAUCGCAGUUUCAGCAAGAGGUUGAAGUGUUGAGCUGCAUAAGGCAUCCAAACAUGGUUCUCCUCCUCGGUGCUUGCCCCGACUAUGGUUGCCUAGUCUACGAAUAUAUGGCAAACGGUAGUUUAGAAGAUCGCCUUCUCAGAAACGACAAAACACCCCCACUUUCAUGGCAAAUGAGAUUCCGCAUAGCAGCUGAAAUAGCCACCGGACUUCUUUUCCUCCACCAAGCAAAACCAGAGCCACUUGUCCAUCGCGACCUAAAACCCGCAAACAUUCUCCUCGAUCGAAACUUCGUAAGCAAAAUAAGCGAUGUGGGUUUAGCUCGUUUGGUCCCACCGUCAGUUGCAGACAGCGUAACACAGUACCACAUGACAUCAACCGCCGGAACAUUCUGUUACAUAGACCCUGAAUACCAACAAACGGGGAUGCUUGGGACGAAAUCCGAUAUUUACUCACUUGGAAUUAUGCUUCUCCAGCUGAUAACCGCAAAACCUCCUAUGGGAUUGACCCAUCAUGUUGAGAGGUCUAUUGAAAGAGGCACUUUCGCUGAGAUGCUUGAUCAGUCUAUUAAUGAUUGGCCGGUAGAAGAAGCCUUGAGUUUUGCAAAAUUGUCUCUCAAGUGCGCAGAAUUGAGGAGGAGAGAUAGGCCUGAUUUGAAGACCGUUAUUUUGCCUGAAGUUAAUAGGUUGAGAGCUUUGGCUGAGGAGCAGGAGGAUUCGAUGUCUGGAUAUAAUAGGAUGACCACGAGGACGAUGAUGUCUGGUUGUGGGUCUGGUACUGGUCCGAUGAGUGCCUCGAGUAUGAAUCAACCUGGUUAUGAAACACGUACCUCACAGAUUCGAUCAAACCCUUCUUCGUAUGCUUCGGCUGGAGAUAAUCUUGUAUAGUU